AUGGAUCCAAAUGUUUGUAGGUGUGAGGCUUGUGGUAUUAGCACAAACGGGAUGGUGUACGAGUGUGAAGGAUGCGAGAUGAAGAUAGAUGUCAAGUGCGCUUCUCUGCCGACAACUGUCAGACACGCAUCUCACCCACAUCGCACACCGCUAGUCUUGACUAGAAUACCACCAGCAAGAGAAGAAGAAGCUGGCAAACCGAGACGUUGCCAUGUCUGCAGAUAUUUGUUGCGCAACUGUAUUGCAUAUUGCUGCAGCAGCAAUGACUGCGACUUUGCGUUGGACUUGGGAUGUGCUAUGCUGCCGGCGAGCAUAACGAUGCGUGAGUGGGACAAGCACCAUUCAUUGAUGUUGUCAUUUAAUGCCUCUCUCGAUCAUCCCUCCGACUUUAUUUGUGAUUUUUGUGAAGAGGAAUUGCAUCCCAAGAGGUGGAUGUAUCACUGUCGCCAAUGCGACCUUUCUUUCCACCUUUUUUGUCUAAAAGCUGCAUCUGGCUGGUAUCGAAACAUCAAAUUUGGGCGCCGAUUUGAGUUGGACGGGAUUCACCGGAAUCAUCCUCUCACAUUCAAUCACAACACUAUCAAGAGAAGAUGCAACCUUUGUCAUGUGGAUCGGUAUGACUACGGUGGGUUUGAAUGUGCAUCAUGCUACUAUGUUGUGUGCAUGAUAUGUGCCAGGACAGAGUUAGCUAAAAUGAUGCAACAUCUAUUUGCUGAGAGCCACCGAUUACUAGGAAAAUAG